AUGGACGAGCCUGUGUCGGCCGUGUCGGCCGCGCUGUCCUGUGCGGCACCCGCGUCGCCGUCGUCAUCGGCGGCGGCGGCGGCGGCGUGGGUGGGACCAGCGGCAUGGGUGGGAUUCUCGUGCGCGCUCGCGCUCUUCAUGGCGGCGCGAGGGUUCAGGAAGCGGUCGCUCUCCUCAUCCGGCGCUGCAGCGGCGUUCGUCGUGGGAUCGCUCACCAUGACCGCCGGCGCCAGGUUCGGCGUGACGCUGAUCGCCUUCUUCCUGUCGUCGUCAAAGCUGACGCGGCUCGGCGCGCAGCACAAGCGCCGCGUGGAGGAGCGCUUCAAGGAAGGAGGCCAGCGCGACGGCUUGGCGCACAGCACAAGCGGCGCGUGGAGGAGUGCUUCAAGGAGGGCGGUCAACGCGACGGGUGAGCAGGCGGGGGAGGGUGGGGGAGAAAAAAAAUGCCAGGUGCUGAGCAACAGCAUCGCCGCCACCACUGCUCUUCCUGCUGCAUCAUGCACCGUGGCAACUAUCGUGCCAACCGACCAUGUGCAUCCCCUGCCUCCCCUUGCCCCGCCCCCUCUCCCCCUCUUCUUCCAGAUGCCAGGUGCUGAGCAACAGCAUCGCCGCUACCACUGCUCUUCCUGCUGCAUCAUGCGCCGUGGCAACUAUCGUGCCAACCAACCAACCAUGUGCAUCCCCUGCAUCACCUUGCCCCGCCCCCCUUCCCCUUUCGUCAGAUGGCAGGUGCUGAGCAACAGCAUCGCCGCUACCACCGUGGCUCUGCUCUUUCUGUUGCUCGUUCUCUCUCCUGGCAGCUUCCCUGGUGUGAGCUGGCCUGGCUCCAGGGGCGGCGGGUUUACCAGCGGCAUCAGCAGCAGUGGCAUUACAAGCAGCAGCAGCAGCAACAGCAGCAGCAGCAGCAGCAGCAGCCAGUGCGGUAGCAGCAGUGUUUCUAAACCACCAGGGCAGUGGUUGGAAGAGGGGGGAGCGGCAAGCGGAGCAAAUGAGGGGGGGAGCGGAGGAGGGUGGGGCAGAGAAGGGGGAUGGGGAUGGCAGGACAGGUGUUGGGAGAGUGGGGGAGGGGAGCAGCAGCGGUGGGAGCGCAUGUUAUUAGCUGCGUUCCUAGCACACUAUGCAGCCUGUGCUGGGGACACAUGGUCGUCUGAGAUUGGUGUGCUCAGCAAGAAGCCUCCCCUCCUCAUCACCACGCUACAGCAAGAAGCUUCCCCUCCUCAUCACCACUCUGCAGGUACGCUCUCUUUGUCUCUCUUUGUCUUUCCUGAACUCCAUCUCGCCCCUCCUCCCCUCCCCAACCCCUUAGCAAGAAGCCCCCCUGCCUUAUCACCACUCUGUAGCACACACUUACCCCAACCCCCUCGCUCUCUCCUCCCCUUUCCCCCCUGCACUCCUCUUUCCCUUCCUGCUCUCCCCUUCCCUUCCCCUUUCCAUGCCCUGUGUUUCAAUCGGCCCAACCAGCAAGUGCCUCGGGGCACGAACGGGGGAGUGUCACUCAUGGGUCUAGGGGCGGCAGCAGCAGGGGGGGCGUUCAUGGGUGCUGUAUUCCUUACCUCUGGCCUCCUCUGCUCUCCCCUUCCCCCUCCACCCCCAAUCCGUCCAACCAGCAAGUGCCUCAAGGCACGAACGGGGGAGUGUCUCUGA